CCUCCCCCUCCCCUUAGCAACAGAGGCAACAUGGCGGCGUCCAGUAACGCGGAGCUUUCUCCGCAGACAUCGACGCCGUUAAAGAUCCCGAAAACCGAGGUGCCGUCGCCCGAGUCGGAGGACCUGAGUGACAGCAACCAGUACCAGUCCAGCCCUUCGACGCCCAACCGCUUCUCGCCUCUGAACGUGGGCUCGGCGGCCGCGGCCGCGGCCAGAGCGGCGGCCUCAUCCUCCAGCUUCACCGCCUGCAGAGGGAUGUCGUGGACGCCGUCCGAGACGAACGCCCUCAUCGCGGUGUGGGGCAACGAGCGGCUCACGGAGGCGCGGAUGCAGCAGCUGGAGGUGGCGGGCACCGUGUUCUCCGGUAAGGCCCCCGGUCCCGCCAUGUACGAGCGGGUGUCCAGAGCGCUGUCGGGGCUGGGCUACGAGAGGACCCCGUCCCAGUGCAGGGAGAGGAUGAAGACGCUGCGGCGCUGCUACAGCCGUGUGAAGGAGCACGGCAUCGGCAAGAGGAAGAGCAGCUACACCAUCGAGCAGCUGGAGAAGGUGUUCGGGCAGGGAGGCUGGGACUCCCAGAGCUGCGCCCCGGUGCUGAUCAACAGCAGCGGCCUGUACCAGGAGAUGGAGUCGGACGGCAGCGCCCUGGAAGACUUCUCCCAGGAGGACUGGUGCAACCAGGUACUGGACUCUGCGUUCCAGGAGGGGGACAUGGAGACUGAAGAAAUCCAGGUGCCUAAGAACAGAGCUCUGCAGCUUCAAGCAGAGCUAAAAAGGGACAUGAUGCAGACGGUGGUGCGCAUCCUGGAGUCGGUGGAGCUGAAGUGGGAGCACUUCCAGACGUGGACGGAGUUCUCGAGGCUGCACCUCUCCAACAAACUGGCCAUAUUCGGCGUGGGCUACAACACGCGCUGGCGUGACGACGUGCGCUACCACUACGCCGAAAUCAGCUCGCAGGUGCCUUUGGGCAAGAGACUCCGUGAGUACUUCAACCCAGAGAAGCCGGAGGGCCGCAUCAUUAUGACCAAAGUUCAGAAGAUGAAUUGGAAGAAUGUCUAUUACAAAUUCCUGGACAUCACCAUCAGCGAGGCGCGCUGCCUGGAGCUGCACAUGGAGGUGGACUGGGUCCCUGUGGCCCAGUCCAGGGCAGCGGGCUGCAGCAAAGGCUCCUUCCACUACCUCCUUCCUGGGGACAUACCCAGGGCAUAUGGACUGUACGCCAUUGGCUUCGACGCUGCCUCAUCCUGUAACGUCACCACUCCACAGGGCGGUGAAUACCACUUACCUCAGUGCAAGACAGAAAACGGGGCUCAGAGUCAGGAUCAGGCCGACGGACAGAGUGGCCACGGCAGCAGGACUGGGGCAAAGGUCACCUACUGCUACCUGGGCAUCGCUGAGGACAGGACCAUUCAGCAGUGUCUCUUUCAGCACUUUCAGGGUUCUAGCAAACACAGCAUCCACGGCGAGUCCUCCGCCGUGACGUGCUUCCUGCAGGAGAACUGCCGCCACAGUGUUACAGGUAAGGAGGACGAGGGAGGCGAGGAGCCGGCGCCCCAGCACUUGGCCAUUUACAUCAAGUUCAUCGAGGUGGAGCUGGACUUCCUCUCGGCCGGCUCCUUGGUGGAGUGCCUGGAGACGGCGGUGGGUUACCCUUUGAAAUACAACAACAAGGAGGCGCUGUAAGCAACAGAGAUGCACCUGGUGUUACAGCCAGCGAGCUCUGGAGAGUCUGCCAUGAUCACAGCCUUGACGAUGAAAGUGGGUUUCGUUAAAUAGAAAUAAAUGACGGACAUUAUGGCAAGAGAAGUAUUUCAGAGCUGCAAUAUCCACAAAGUGUGUAUUUAUGAUUUUAAGCUUAUGUGCACUACAUGGGUUUGUGCUGCUUGUUCAGUGAAGUACUGCCUCAUCAGGGAGCACGGGGUUGUCAAGGUGACUGCUGCAGGAUGCAUCUGUCUACCUCUGUAGGAUCUAGCGAACAAGGCAGCAACGGGACCACGUGAGUAUUUAUGGUAUGUGAACUGCCUUUAUGUCCACUCUUGACGUCCGGACCUGAGAGUAACAGGUGAUUAUUGUUUGUUUUAAUGCGACUGGGCGGCAGCUAGAGAUGCUUCAGUGCGAAUUAGGGUGAAAGAACACUGGUGUUGCACAAGACGAGUUCAGGGCUCAACAACACACACGUCACCCGAGCCAGCACAGAUUUAAGGUGACCAAAGUUCAUGGCUGAGCCCAAAAGGAGGCAGUUUAUACCUCCUGUACACUGUAAAAAGAUCCCUGCCCGUUUUCUGUGCUUUGCUCUGUUCUUGACCCUUUCAUAGCUAAUCCACAUUCGUUCGGACUAUUUCUUCUGUAUAUGGUGAACCACAAUCGCACAUGGAUCAUUUGCCUUUUCACACCCACAGUCGCGAUGCUGAAGCAUGUCUGGCUGCAGCAGUGAGGAUGCGAGCGUCCGUUUCUACAGUAGCAUGUGUUUGAGGUCAGAGCCAGGCCUGAGAGCACUGGUCUGACGCCUCACGUCAGGUGAGGAGUAUAAGCUGCAGUGGUCGAACCCCCCUUUGACCAAUAAUCAACCGAAAUCCUUUAUGAACUGAGGUUAUGUGCAAUGUGCCAGGAAAAGACUGUAGAAAGGAAAAAAGGUGGCAGAACGAGUUUAUGUAUAGGAAAUCUACCUUAUAUAUGUAUAAUGUAUAUUUAAGAAUCUUGAUGUUCUUGGUCAUUCUGGCUUUUGCAAACCUGCGCAGUUCAUUUGUUUGGGUAUACAGUAUAGGAAGAUAAAUAUGAUAUUUUCUAUUUUAUGAGUUGAUGCCAUGUCUUCUGUGUGAUUGUUUGGAAGUCACCGUCUUGUAUGUUUACAUGUUUAAAAAAUAAUAAAUGGGGCACUCACUGUCAUUUGCCA